GGAGCUUCCCACGCUCUGCGGCUCCAGCUCCUCGGGACUCUUCUCCUCAGCCGCGCAGAUCGCCUCCUGGGGAUCUCAGGUGGCCAUCGCCUGUGGCGCAAGUGAGUCUGUCACUGUGAUUGACCGCGUGAUUGUCUUCGCCGAAGACUACAGUGUGGUUGCAGGCCGCGAGGUUGCCUUUGUAAAGCUUUGCUCGGCAGCAAUGAAGGUGUUUGAUGUGGAGUGCACCUGGGUCUCCUCAACCACCUCCGACCUCUCCGCAGUGCCUGGUACCCAUGUUCCGCAAGUGACAAUGGUCGGGCCGUAUGAAGGCCUGUUGUUGGCCGAAGCCGAGAUCAAGGACAACGGCCUGAAGUUGCCCGGAUUCGACCAGCUCACCUACUUGGACACCGUGCGUCGCCCCCAUGGUACCGGCGUGCGGCGCUUGGGACGUGUGGCGGAUGAGGACAUCAUCGACAAGGCCGUGGAGGAAGCAGAUAAGAAGUGGGAUCCUGAGAAUCAUCCCAGUAUGAAGAACUUGCAUCGGGCCCUGGACUCCCUCUACGCCUGGGGUCGCAACAUCACAGGGGCCCCCGCCGGAAACAGUCGUCGGGCUUUGACACGAGCCAAUCUGAAAGAAAGGUUGCACUUGAUCGAGCCCGCGUUGCAAGAGUAUUCAAGCAAGUGGUCCGUGGAAAACUUGGACACUUGUGCAUGAGGAAGCAGCUGAAUGAGAGCGCACAAAGUGCCAAACGGAAUGACGAAAGGUCAAUGAAUAAUCAAUCUUCCUGGAAUCGCUCCUUUGGGGGUGUUGCAGUUGCGUGUCGUGCUCUGCCGAUACCCCGAUCGCAAUGAUGGAGCUAUUUUCAGUCACCAGUUUGUGCGAUUCGCCGAUGAGCAUCGUACGUUGCUGUACUGUAUACGCUAUUUGGGACUGGGUAGGAUGAAUGUCAAGGGAAAGUUGAAGACCCCUGACGGACAUGUUCGAACUAUUUCCGAACCUUAGAACACC